CCUGAUAGUACAGCAAUACUGGCCACUUGUUAUAAUUAUAACAAACAAACCAAAGUUUGGAAAGCAAUUGAAUCCAUGUCUACCAUACGUGAAGAUUUUAGUCUGGUUUCAAACGAUACAAAAUUGUAUGCAAUCGGCGGCUAUAAUGGUCAAAUAAUUAAUACCGUUGAAGCAUAUGAUAUACAAGCAAAAACAUGGACAUUAGUUUCACCAAUGAAUUUAAUAAGACAUGAAUUUGAUGCAGUUUUAAUUAAUAAUCUAAUCUAUGUUUGCGGUGGAUAUAAUGAUGAAGUAUUAAAAUCGUGUGAAUAUUAUUCAGCAAUCAGUGAUAAAUGGUAUUUUACGACACCUAUGACUAUUGAAAGGGACGGUUUGGCACUGGUAUCACAUGAAGGUGCUGUCUAUGCUAUCGGUGGCUAUAAUAAUCAAAACGGAUAUUUGAAUUCAAUGGAAAUUUUCGAUACAAAAACAAUUCAAUGGACACUUAAGGCAAAUAUGUCAUCAGCAAGAAGUAAUUUUGGUUCAGUGUCAUUUAUGGGCAAAAUAUAUGUUUGCGGCGGUGAAGGUACUAGUGAUGGAAAAUCAUGCGAAACAUAUGAUCCCAAAACAAACAAAUGGCAACCAAUUGCAUCAAUGAAAAAUCAGCGAAAAAAUUUCAAAUUGAUUGCCAUCGAUGACAACUUAUAUGCUUUAGGUGGCUAUUCAGACCAUAAUAAUACAUUUCUCAAUACUAUUGAAAUAUAUGAUUAUUAUUCAAACAAUUGGUCAUUUACGACAUCAUUUCCCAAAUAUGUUUGUUCAUAUGGGGCGACUGUUGCAAUAAUUUAAGUUUGU